UACAGAAAUGUCAUAAAUCAUGAAUUCAACGUUUUGGAGAAGUAAUCACCAGUGGAACAAGAUUGUAGAUAAAAAAUUCCCUCACGCCCGCAGUGCGGAUAACCAGCAGAUUGUAGGCUCGACAUCACCGGAUGUGACGUCAUUGGUUUUUCCCGCCAUUGGAGCAUUACUAAUGCUUGUUUUUGGCGGGUUUUUAUUAUCAUCCACUAACUCUUGCUGCGGCUCUGACAAAAACAAAAGAAAUAACAAGAAUGAAGACUACGAAGGAAUUGACUUUACUUUUCUGUCUGGUAGUAUCGUCUUUCCUCGACUAUCCCCAGUCCUUCAGCAAGAAAACAAUGACAUAGUUGAGGCUGUCAUGGCAACGUACAGUGAUUUGCCUCAGUACGCACCAGUUCAUGACGAGGUAGCAGCCAUUGCCGGGACAUUGCCUGUGACGAAACCAGAAACUAGAGACGUUUGUUUGAGUCCAAUACACCAGGCACAUGAUGUCGAAAUACCUGUGAAUAUUGGGGAGAAGGAGAAUGAUACAUCACGCUUGGAGAAUGAAACUGUCACACAACAGUGCUACUUAGAUUCAGGUGAACGAUCAAGGAAUGAUGAAACACGGAGUCUUAUUGGUUCGAGGGACGACAGACGAUUAGCUUGUUCGGCGAUGGAUACUCAAGCCCUGCCUGAUCAAAAUGACAAUCAAAGAUAUCGAAGCAAGAGUGCUCCUUUAGAAACAACCCAUGACAAAAACACCCAACAAGAAGUUCUCUCAUUGGAUACAUCACGUGACAGUCUGGGAUCUGUUGCCAAACCAGACGACUGUAAUGACGUUGACAGAUGUUCAGCAGAUUCAAGAGGCUCAUACAGUAAGCCAUGUGAUGGCGGCUCCUCGGCUGAUGACAGGGUGACAACCUCUUUAAUCGACGAAUUUCAGAUACAAAAGGGGAUUGGUGAAAUUCUUCCUGGACAGGGCAUACUUGACGCCUCAUAUCAAUGGAAACGACCCAACAAACUGAGCAAGAAAGACAAGCUAGAAAUACUCAAGCGUUUACAGCCAAGGAUCGAUGAUGGAGUCAGUCACAAAAGAGUGGAUGAAAAAAAGGACAGACAGACAGAAAAUAACAAGAGUAAGAGCGAAGGAAAUGACGUGAAUCGAUUCUGCGAAGGAUGCAGUUCAGAUUCAGCUGUCAUGUUAAAUGAUGGUCACUGCGCCAAGGGAGGAAGAUUGAGUCGCCUCAAAGUCAUACGAGCUCCAAGCGCUCUAUGCAUCCAUGGUAACCAGUGUCAGGUGCAAUGCAAGACAACAGGUCACGUGACAGUCGUGGAUAAUCCUCAUCUGAAUGAUUCAGGUCGAGGUGCAAGCUGUUUUGCUGAGUCUUUCAUACACUCUACAUCAACGAUAAGAGAAGCGAGCGCGUUUGGUGAGCCGACCCGAGGAGCGAGUGCGUUUGGGAAACCUGGCACAGAGUCACGUGAUAGCAAACCACGUGAUAUCAAACCUGAUUUUUACCAUCUUACGGACGUUAGAGGCGCUAGUUCUUUUGAUGGAACCAACCACAAACCACCAGAAAAUGUUAUUCGUACUUAUGGAGAAACGACAAGUUGCUGGUUGACUGGAGUCAGCGGUCAAGACACAAAUGACAUGCGUGGAGCAAGUGGGUUUGGUGAGUCAUGUGAUCGCCUUAGUGUGGCUGGUACUGCUAGUGUUACAUUGAGUAUGGCUGUACAGUCAGAAAAGGAAGACUUCAUUGAAGAUAAUGAUAGUCUGGAAAAUAUAGUUACCAAGAACCAUGAAGAUGGCGUUGCUAAGCAACCAAAGGAGGAAAAUUUUGAAGGGGGAACAGAGAGAAUAAUAUUAGAAGAAAAAAAUGUUAGAAACAAUGAACAGGAAAGAGGGGAUGAAAACAAGGAAAACUUCUUUUUCGCGAAGAUUCAUGGUGGUGACGUCGUACAUAAUGUGUCAGAACUGAGGAAGGAGGCGACCAAAAAGGAUUGUUUAGAGAGGAGUGUUGAUGUUAAUGUUCAAUCUAACCCUCUUGCUCAGCAUGACGCCCAAGGUUCAUUAAGAGACAAUAUUAUCAAAAAGAAAGCUAUCGAGGUAAUUCGUACAAGAAGUAAAGGUGGUUUAGCAGAAGAUGGACCAAAUAGGUCUAGUACACCAAACGAUGGUCAAUCUGAACUCCAUCCAGGUACAGCUACAUCACGUGACUAUCCGCGAAUGAGUCUGGGUAAAGACCCUCUUGCACUAACUGGAAUGCUGAGGGCAUUACAGCGAGAAAAACACAAGAAAACAAUCAAUAUGAAAGAAGUAAUUCCUACUUCUUUGCAAAAUGGUUCCCCAUCACAAGAAAAUGGUUCUCUAGAAAAUGCGAAUAUCAAUGCUACGAGGAAAGAUGAAUCACGUUCAAAACAACUUGUUGGUAAAAUCAAGGUUUGUUUGUUUUAUGCUAGAAGUGACACAGAUAAGCCUGUUCUAUAUGCAACAGUGUUGAAGGCUUACUCCCUACGACAUGAAUACGUCAGACCUAAAGAAGACUUUCUUGUGGAAAUGUUGGUCAUCACUCGUGAUAAUAGCACACAAAAGUCCAAGAUUAUCAAGGAAUACAAGAACUCUCUCGUCUUUAAUCAUUUGUUCCAUGUUGCCUCAAUCAAAACCAGAGAGCUGCAAAUAUCUGCGUUAAAAUUGAAGCUAGUCAGAGGUCGGUCCCACGAAUGUGUUGGGAUUGCUAAUGUACCUCUUGCAGACCUGGUGUCACGUGAUAAGAUCAAGAAAACUUAUCUUCUGAGAAGAGCAACUUCAGCAUCGUACGAUAUUCCUUCCACUGGACUGAGCACCCCUGUCCCAGUGGGUGCGGUUUGUAUUGGGUUGAAGUACAACUCUGUUGAGGAAAAGCUGCUGGUUCAUGUCAUCAAAGUUCGCGGGCUCCCAGCGGUGUCUUCGACUGGAGAGACAGAUCCCUACGUACUUGUGACACUGAAGGAUGCUGGGAACGUGUUAGAAGAGAGAAUGACAGUAACAAAAUGGCAGCAACGUAAUCCUGUAUUUGACGUAAAAUAUGUGUUUGAACUGAACAGCAAUAGAAUAGAAACAUCUUUGCUAUUACUGCGAGUCAUCAAUAAUGCGGCCAAUCACAGCCUGAUUGGGACUGUAAAACUUGGAAUGGACUCGCUGGAGGACACGGGAUGGUGUCACUGGAAUAGCAUCGUCACUAAACCAGGAGUUUUGGAGGAAAGAUGGCAUAAACUUAUAAACGAAACAUCAGAUAGAAAAAUUCAAACACAAUCCAGAAGAAUCAUUGAUAUUCGUAAUUUAAUCCCUCGAGGGUCGAACACCAUUUGUCCGCAACAAGAUGAUCCAAAAUCUCUCUUCUCGUAUUACGAUGUUUUGAAUCCUGCACCGGAUUCAAGUAUAUUAGGAAUUGUCUUGGGUUGUUUACUGGGAUUCAUCGCCGGAGCUGUCGUAGUUUGCCUUGCCUUUUUAUGCUAUCGCAAGAGAAGUAAGUCUUACGACACUACCGGACCCAGAAGAUCAAUUGAGUAUUAUUCUUCACCUCCACAAAGUUUUGUAUCUCACACGAGACCUGUUCCUGUACAACCAAAUCUGUACAGACUCACUCAACAAGAAGAGGACUAUGAACAAGAUUCUGAAGAUGGAGCUGAACGAGUACGAGUCACUGAACCGUAUGAUCUUCGAGCUAUGGAUGUGAUAAAAGAAGAGGGGAGUGAGAUAGGCAGCGAGAAGAGCGAAGUCCUUGAAGAUGUAGAGGAAAUGAAAGAAAAAUCCAAAGAUGAUGCAACACUUGUAAAAAAGAAAAAACCUCUAACGAGAGGCCUAAGUUUGCCUUCAAAUAUAUCUCCAGGGGAAUUGAUACACCCGAGCCAGAGUCUACUGAACAAGGCUAGUGACCUACAUCAAUGUGUUAUGGAAACAUCGAUGUUCUACGAUACAGCAAGUAAAGAGCUGCAUGUCACAGUCAUUCAAGUAACAGGGAUCCCUACACCAGAUGAAAGUUUUUUGCGCCCACCAAACUGCAGCGUGAAAAUGAGAAUUCUACCCGAGAUGCUUCAGUGGCAAUGGACGAGAAAAGUGUCGCGUACAGUCAGCCCUGUGUUCAAUGAAACCUUUAUUAUCCCUGGGUUUGUGCACAACAAACUACGAGAAUGUACGGUUCACUUCGUGGUGCUGGAUUUUGAUCAUGUCCAGGACAAUGUCUAUGUCAUUGGUGAAGUAUUCAUGCCCUUAUCGGAGCUACGAGCGAACAAGCUGGAAAAAAUCACUAAAAGAGUAAACCCUCUUUCCAUCUGACUUUAUUUCAAUGAACUCAAAAACUCCACCAUUAAUUUUCUACAGUAUAAAUAAACUACAAACAAACUAGCGAAGAUAUUCCAGGGUUUGUAGAACGGAUAAUUUGUCUAAAUCGUAAUGAAUUUCAUAACAGGAAAAACUGAGUUGGAUUCUAUCUUUACGUUGACGUCACAAUUUCCGUCGUAACGCAAGGACGGAGCUAUGAUCACUGAUUUCAAUGACGACCAAACAAAUUUAUAAUAAAUUAAUGGGCAUAAAUAAUCGAAUAUUGCUACUGUCGAGCAAGGUAGUGCUGUAUGUCAAGUAAUGAGUAGUUUUGUUCUGGUGUUUUCAGUUUUUCCUAUUGUUUGGUAAGUCGUUCUUGUUGUAAUUCAAGUAGUUUGGUGCUAUUUAUCAAAUAAAAAGAAAUGGAGGAAUUAA